AUGAGCGAACAGUACCACGGAUCGGGCGAGCGAGCAGUGAAAUUGCAAAACGAGAGUCCGGAGAUUUUCACGAUGUUCGUGAAGAUGCUCUAUGGAGACACCCUCUUGACUAUGGCGCCGAAAAAGACGGACCUAGGUGGCGAUUCCGACACAGAUGGGUAUAUUUCACUUUUCAAGCUCUACGUUCUUGUAGAGAAACUAGAAGACAUCGAGAGUAAGGAAAUGAUUUCGGAUAGAAUUCAGCAGUUUACCACCCUGGUAGAUAUGGACGGUCCUGUGGCUUGCCCGCCUCCUUGUUGCAUCAAGAUCGUCUACGAAGGAACACCCUCAGGCGACCCGGCGCGCCGCCUCCUGAUCGAGCUCUACGUUUCUUACCAGGACAAAACAUGCCUCUCUGGGGCGGUUGAUAGCGUACCGAAGGAGUUCCUAUAUGACCUUUCACUUCACAUGCUCGAAAAUCAGGUGCAACGCCCAUAUAAAGAAUUGACGCAUACACUCCGUGUAAGGAACCGGACAGGACUCAAGUCGUUGGCAGAGAGAAAAAAGCAACUUGAAGAAAAGGACAGAAUUAUUCGGUCACUAGAGGGCGAGGUUCAAGCGAAGGACAUUCAAAUUUCAAACCUGACUUCCGAAAUAGUUGCCACGAAAGGAAGGAUAGGGUCAUUCUCUGAGGAAGGGCGAGAAAUGUCUACUUCGAGUAGCUUACUACGUGACCAUUCCGAAAAGGAGAAUAAAGAGAAUCCCGCCCUAGAUGGGAAGAUUGAUGGUUCUAGUGUCCCUUUUCGAUUGUCAGCCAAGAAGCCAAAGAUGAGAAAGAGGGCUAUUCAUGAGUCCCUCGGUGAUUAA